AUGUCUGUUCAGGAAGAUUAUGAUGCUAGUAACUCUUCCUCUACUUCUUCUUUAAUAACUACUCCAUUUGACAAUUCGUUUAAUGAAAGAUCCUCGGCCUCGGAAAGUUCUGAAAAUGAAGAGUGUGAAACUCCACCUAAAGAACCAUAUGAAGAAAAAUACAUCAAGCUUACGUCCGUCAAUGCAUUAGAAUUUUUACCUGGUGAUAAUUGUCCGGACGCAUUCCUUUCUGACUCUGUUUUAAGCUUUGUUCACAGAGCUACGCAUUUGAUUUUUAUUUGGUGCUUUUUUUCUUCGGUUUUUGCUGCUUUAUUAUCUAUGGCUGCGAAAAACCGAUUGAUUUUAUUAUAUAUUUUUAAUAUUUCUUCGGCUAUAUUUUAUUUUAAAUGUGCCGCGAUCUGGGCUUAUUGCCUUUAUUGUUUUAUUAAAUCUAGCUUACCACUCAAAGACUUAAUAUCAUAUGCAAAAAAUAUUGCAAUAGUGAUAUGUACUAUACAAGCUCUGGCUCAUUUUUCUACACUUAUGAAUUGGAAUAAAUCUGAUUCAAUUAUUGAUAAUCAGUUAUUACAUGGCAUCUUUUCUGGUUCAGCAUCUGAGAAUAUUCUUUCUUAUGGUUCAGUACUCAGCGUGCCCGCUUUUGUUUUACUUGAACAAUUUUAUAUAGCUUAUCAAAGAGAGAAUUAUCGUAAGCGUGCUCUACUCAAAGAUGAACGUGACAAUGCUCAAAGGUCGGUAUAUAUGGCGAUAGAUCGAUUCAGUGAAAGAAAAGGAUUAUAUCUUCGUACUAUAUCUGAUCAAUUACAACAAACAACAAAUUUGGCUAUGGGUAUUCUCAAACAGUUGUCUCCUUCUCAUUUACUAACAAAACCUCAUGAACAAUUAUCAGCUUGUUCAAUCUCUUUUCCUACCGCCUCGAUAAGCGCCAUUUAUACUACGAUAAAAGCCAUUAAUUAUAUUUCUUCACAUUUGGGAACACUUUCUUAUCUAUUAUUUUCCGAGCCUAGUAAUCCUGAAAUUACUAAUGUAAAACGUGAGUUUGACAUCGGUGAGUUGAUACAACAUGUUGCUGAUUCACUGGCCGGUGUUGCUUCUUGUGCAAACGUUGAAUUGGUUGUAUAUCAUAUUGAAUAUGAAUAUGGUUUGAGCCAUCUUAAUGUUAUUGGUGAUGAAGCUGCUUUCAGACACGUCCUCUUGAGUUUAAUUAAAUGUAUACUUAGUGGUGCAAGUCCUGGUGCCUGCAUAGAAUUAAGUCUUCAAGUGCGAGCAUCUGAACAAUCUGAUUCAUCUGAACGUGUAAUUAAACCUAAUGAUAAAGUUACUUGCACAAUUGAAAUAAUUCACAACCUUGGUUCAAAUGUUUCUGGACAAUCAAUACCAGUGACGGUAUGUCCUGAUGCCAAUUUGACAUUUAAAGUAUUGAAUUUCUUGGGGGCUACCCUUAAUGCUAAUGAAGAGCAUGGUCAACAACGAUUUAAAAUCAAUAUAGACCUUAAAGCAGGUUCACCUCUUACAACUCCAAACACUCACAAUACAGAAGAGAUGCGUCGUCGUUAUCCACAUUCACGUAUUACGGGUGAACCUUCUGUCGAAGAACUCAAAAAGACAACACAAAGCAUGCGAGGACAAAAAGUUGCACUACAUGCUACUAGUAAUAGUUUCUUUGCAAAACGUAUUACCAGUUGUUUAACUACUUGGGGUACGGAUAUAUCUCAUGUUCCGAUAGGAGAUGAAGAUGAUCCAGAGACACCAUUUUCCCAAAAUGAUUCACCUAUGAAUUCUGGUUCAGGAACACCUGUUGUAGAAGAUCCUCAAUCUGCACCAGCACAAAACAAUGAACUAAAUAUACCACAGCCCGCCAAUUCUUUGCCCCCUAAGUUCAUUAUAAUAGACGAUGAUAUUGACACUCUAAAGCAACAGUUAGAACAACUUAGAAAUGUACCUUUUUCGGGUAGUAUAACUCCAUCAACAAAUCAAAAGCAAGUUCGUCCAAAACGUCAAACCCCAGCUCCCACACUUCCACAACAAACGACAGCAGUUAUUCAUUUCACAUCUCUUACCAAUUACAAACACGUGAAGGAUAUUAUUCAAUGUUAUUUAGUUUCAACAACUACUACUUCAUUCAUAUUACCUCAAGUUUUAGUCAUACCUAAACCUGCAGGUCCAAGACGGUUUAUCACUGCUCUUCAUACUACUAUGAAUAGAAUAGUUGUAGAUCCAGUUUAUAUGCCAAUCGCUACAUCACCUAUGAGUCCAGGUUCACAAUAUUAUGUUGACAUGGAAGUCAAUCCGAUGGACCAGAUAGCAAAUCCACCUGAUAAUUAUUUCCCGGAUCAAAGACCAUCUACUCCGUCUGCUGGUGGUUCAAAUCGAACUACACCCUCUUCUAAUCCACUGAGUCCUAGGCCUAGCGGUCGUGUAGUGGUAAUCCCUAGACCCAAAACAAGAGGUUUAGAUAGGACGGAUAGGAAGGUGAUUAGCGUUAAUAGUAGUCCUAGCUCAGGUCAUCCUCAAUUAGUAAGAGGCGAGCCGUAUCAACCUAUUAGACAUUUAACUCCUAAUGAUGCAGUUCCUGGCAGUAAUAAUUUUCCUGAAUCAGUUUCUAACGAUGCUAAUAAUGGCAGCCCUGAUGUCGUUAGUGGACUUGCUUCUGCUGUUCCUAGUGUUCCUGUAUCACCGCCUACUACACCCCCUCAACCAGUUACUCCUCCUGUACAAAGUGUAACACCAAGUCCUCGAAAAAAAAAAGAAAAAGGAAAUCGAAUAUUUGGAGAGAAAACAAAUUCUUUCUAUGUAAUUCCUCCAAUCAAUGUAUUAAUUGUAGAAGAUAAUCCAAUCAAUCAAGCAAUUUUAUCAACAUUUAUGAGAAAAAAGAAUAUCAAAUACGAAUGCGCUUCUAAUGGUCAAGAAGCUGUUGAUAAAUGGAAAAAAGGAGGAUUUCACUUGAUUUUGAUGGACAUUCAACUACCCGUAAUGGACGGGAUAGAGGCGACAAAAACAAUCAGGCGCCUUGAGAAAUCACAAAAAAUAGGAGUUUUUCCUUCUACACCACCAGUAUUUUCGAACCCCUCAUCACCAUCAUCAAUUUCAUCUACACCUUCUCAAGAAUCUCUUGAUACACCUGCAUUGAGUUCACCAGUCAUCAUAAUGGCUCUAACGGCAUCAUCAUUACCGUCCGACAGACAGAAUGCCCUAGCUGCAGGGUGUAAUGAUUUUCUGACAAAACCUGUAAGUUUGGAAUGGCUGGAGAAAAAGAUUAACGAAUGGGGAUGUAUGCAGGCUUUAAUAGAUUUUGAUGGAUGGAGAAGAUGGAAGAAAGGUGGAGAAGAAAUACAAAACGGAUUUUAA